UUUGUGGAUGGCGUCACUGGGAACCUGAACAGCCGCGUGCGUUUUGCAGUUUGACAAUGGCCAAGAUCAAAUUAAAAGGGCAGAAGUCCAGGAAUGUAUUUCACAUAGCCAGCCAAAGAACCUUCAAAGCUAAAAAUAAGGCAAAACCAGUUACUACUAAUCUUAAGAAGAUAAACAUUAUGAAUGAUGAAAAAGUCAACAGAAUGAACACAGCUUUUGUAAAUAUACAGAAAGAACUUGCAAACUUUUCAAAAAGCCUUUCUCUUAAAUCUGUGCAGAAGGAGCUGAAGCCCCGUGAAAAUGAACCGGCUAAUGUUGAUGAAUCGACAAGACUAAUGGCUCAGUUGUAAUCUAGUGACAGAAUAUCACAUUCCCCCAAAGGUCAAUAAACCGAAUGCUCAUACAACUU